AUGGUUGAAGAUUCAAGAGUAAGAGAUACCAUUAGAAAUGGGGGAGAUCCAAAGGCGUUACCUGCGUCAUUAGUCCCACAAGCACCACCUGUUUUAACUUCUAAAGAUAAGAUAACACAAAGAUUAAUUGUUGUUCUAGCCAUGGCUUCUUUAGAGACCCAUAAGAUAUCAUCAUCAGGACCAGGAGGUGAUAAAUAUGCCUUACUAAAUUGUGAUGAUCAUCAAGGGCUAUUGAAAAAAAUGGGGAGAGAUAUAAGUGAAGCCAGACCAGAUAUUACACAUCAAUGUUUAUUAACAUUAUUAGAUGCUCCAAUUAAUAAAGCUGGGAAAUUACAAGUUUACAUCCAAACUAGUCGAGGCAUUCUCAUCGAGGUGAAUCCAACUGUCCGUAUACCAAGAACUUUUAAGAGAUUCUCGGGUUUAAUGGUCCAAUUAUUACAUAAAUUAUCUAUUAGAUCUGUCAAUUCCGAGGAAAAAUUAUUGAAAGUUAUUAAGAAUCCAAUUACUGAUCAUUUACCAACUAAAUGUCGUAAAAUUACAUUAUCGUAUGAUGCGCCUGUUAUUCGUGUACAAGACUAUAUUGAAAAAUUAGAUAAAGAUGAAAGUGUAUGUGUAUUUGUUGGGGCAAUGGCAAGAGGUAAAGAUAAUUUCGCUGAUGAAUUUGUAGAUGAAAAAGUUGGGUUAUCCAAUUAUCCUUUGUCCGCUUCCGUGGCUUGUUCAAAAUUCUGUCAUGGGGCUGAAGAUGCAUGGAAUAUCUUAUAG